AUGAUGGGUUGUGUAGAGCGGGGCGCCGCCGCCUUAAUGAUAACGAGCCCAUUUAUAUGCGAGGCGAGUGCGCGCACACUCCAGUCUUACUUGACAACCACACCCGCCAUGCCGGCUUGUGCGCCCGAGUACAGCCGCCUCGCGCGCUCCAACACAGAGUUAGUGUUCUCACCGCGAGUUAAACGAUGCUCACAUCAGCCACCGCCCUUUACGGCUCUGAGGAGAUCGUUCUCCUCCACCUUCUCGUUAAUACCAGAGGAGCGCGCCAUAUCUCCUGAGCGACCACCGCCGCUGCCGCGUUUCGUCAGGAUCAUCACAUGGGGACCACGGCUUAUGUUACGACCUCUCUUCGCCAUUUUGAGCCUAAUCGCUCAUCCUGCAUGGAAACAAAUUCUGGUCGUUCUACCUACAUUAUGGAUCGCCGGCUCUUUAUUCUUAUUCUGGAAGUGUGUUCAGUGCCCUAUUGGAGUUCUCAAAAUGAUUGGACGUGCAAUUAACUCAAAAAACCAGAAGAAGCCGCGAACCGUGCUUAUUAGUGGAGGCAGUUCUGUACAAGCCUUGCAUCUAGCCAGAAAUUUCCAUUCAGCCGGGGCAAGAGUUGUAGCAUUUGAAAUAGAAGGGCAAUUUGCACUGUUGAAAUAUUCAGCCGCAGUUCAUAAAUUUUAUACAGUACCACGGCCCAAUCCAGCUGAUCCCUUAGCUUAUGCGCGAGCAUUAAGAGAAAUAGUGGAAAGGGAAUCGGUGGUGUUUUAUGUUCCAGUGAGCUCAACUACGCCGGCAUAUUACGAUGCGCUUGCAAAAUCACAUUUAGAAGUUCUUGGAUGCCAGUGCUUUGUGCCUUGCGCCCGUGAUGUUGUAACAUUGGAUGACCCUUUGGAGCUGAUGAGGGUGUGUCGCGCUGCGGGACUAGCGACACCUCAGUUCUGGGUGGUGGCCAACGACGAAGAUGUUCGUGCGUGGUACGAUAGCGGUGCUUCUAAGGAGGGAAGACAUUUCAUUGCCAGUGCGGGCGCGCGAGGAGCUAGGGACCGGUUACGUUUUGUUAUGCCAGAAGAGAAAGCUCAAUUUAGAUUCCCACGGGAAAUCAGUGCGGAAAAACCAUGGGUUAUUGUUCGGGAACCAAAAGGAGAAAGGAUUGUGACGUGUACUACUUUAAAAGAAUCCCGUGCAGUCAACAAUGUGUCAUGCCGAGUGGACUCUGCAAGAAAAGGACUUGUACCACAAAAGGAUGAAGAAGCUGACGCAUGGGUGCAGCGAUUUGUAUCAUUCCUCGCACCAGCGAGGCCGAUGACUGGACAUGUGUCCUUCAGACUUGUUCGUGAAGAGCAAACUACAAAUGGUCACACUAAUAAAUUGGUGGCCAUUGGUGCUCGCGUUGGUGUGUCUCUGCCGUAUUUGUGCCAGGGAACGGCACGUUGUGGGCAUACGGCAACCAUGGGCAAGCUACUGGAUACUGUGCUGGAUACUCGUGAAGCCCUAUUCACAUUUUGGGAUCCACUUCCCUACUGUGCGUACUACCAGUCGCGCACGCCAGACGACCGGAGGCCGCCGCCCCCGGAGCCCUGCAAGACGCCACCAAAUGUUCCCCUUUGA